UGAUAGUUGAUACGACGUAUUUGUUUCUAAAUUUUCUCACAAUUUUUUUUCUCAAAACAUAAUGUAUUAAAUAUUAAUGUUCAUAAAUUAGUUUCAUAAAAAAUUUGUAACAUAUGUGAGUUUAAGUUAUACAAUUUUAUGUUUAGUAGUGCCUAUAAACAAUUAUCUUCGUUUUAUAUUGGACGUGCAGGGAUUUUCCAAAUUAAAUAUUUUAUUUGAAUUGUAAUAUUCACCAUGUAUUGGAAAAAUAAUCCGGCAUCUAAUUGGGACUCAAUUUUUGACAGAGAGAAUUUGUGCCUCAACGAUCUCAUGAGAGAACAAAAUCUCUUGGAAGAGCUUAAGGGUCAGAACAAAAAACUCAUAGACUUCUUAACAAAGCCUGAUAUUGCAUUGGAAUUGGUGCGUCUAGUUACACAAGAACCUCAAGAAAAUGAAAACCCUGAAAAUCGCUUUGUUUUACCAAACUUAGCUUGUGAAAUAUUAACUAGCGAUAUUCAACCUAUGUAUAAUGUUCUUUCACACGAAGAAGAAAUUUGGAAAUGUUUUUUUAGUUUUCUAGAAGAUAAUGAACCUCCACUUAAUUCAUUAAUGGCAUCAUAUUUUAGCCGAACUUUAUGUAGCCUUAUAUUAAAAACAGGAAGUCAAGAUUGGUAUACAUAUCAGUUUAACUGUCUGAAGGCACUUGAAAAAGUAGCAGAUAAAGGAAAUUUUAUAGAUUUGUUGCUAAAACAUCUCGAUACAUCUGCAAUAAUGGAUCUCAUUAUAAAAAUAUCAACACUUUUAGAAGGUCCUCCUUUAAGAAGUAACAUAUUCACAUUAUUUGAAAAAGAACAACUCAUUUUCAAGUUAGUAGAUACAUUGGAUUCAAAAAAUCUUCCUGUUAGACAAUUGAAUGCAGCAGAAAUAAUUUGUGCUAUUGAAGUUGCAUCUGAAUUACAUCCUCUUGAACAAAAUCCACUUGUUAUUUCAAUUGAAUCACCAGAAACUAUAAAUACAGUGUUAGUGAAAAUGUUUGGCCAAAAUGAGAAGACUGAGAGCACAUUAUUGGGCGGAAUUUCGAUACUGCAAACUUUGUUAAUGGCAACUAAAUUCAAAGGUGAAGAUUCUAAUGAAGUAUAUAACAAAAAGCAAUCGUUGGCCGAGAUUUUGUAUAUUACAAUUUUACCAUUUUUAGAACAUAUUCACAAUGUUUUGUUGAUUCCUCCUAAGAUCGAAAGUUUAGAAUGUAUGGGAAAUGUGAUUGAAAAACCUUUUGGUAAUGUACGUUUGCAAAUUGUGAGAUUGAUAAGUUCAUUACUAAGCAUGCAUAAUCAACAAAUAAAUGAACGAUUUGCUCAACUUAAUACAAUAAAAGUUCUUCUAGAUUGUUUCUUUUGUUAUGAUUUAAAUAAUUUUCUGCAUACUCAAGUAGUUCAAUGCUUUCAUGAAGUUAUGUGUUGUAACCAUUCAAUUGCUGAAAACAGUACAUUUAUAGCUCAUGUUAUCAAAGAUUGUCAAUUAAUUGAAUCUAUUCUUGAUAAUGAGAAAAGUAUUCAACCAGGAAAGAAAAGAAAAGGAUACAUUGGUCACUUAGCAACAAUUGCUAAAAGCUUACAUAACACUGAAGCUUUUUACUCUGAUCAUUUCAGAGGAAUAAUUGUAAAUACAUUAGAUAGUGAUAUUGUUAGUCGGUGGGAUUCUUUUACAUCUACUACAUUAGAAGAUAAUGAAGAAAGAAUUUCUACUUGUUUGGGAGGGAUUCAUCCUCGAGAAGAAAAAGCAUUAGAUGAUAGAAAAGAAAUGGAAGAAGAUGAAGCUAUUUAUGGGCGACCUGAAACAGAAUUUAAUAUUAAUGACAAUCAGCUUGGGGUAUCUAGAGUUGAUAUAAACUUUGAUGAAGACGACGACGACGAUGAUGAUGAUGAUGAUAAGGAUUCAAUGGAAAUGCAAGCUGAAAUGUUUAAUCGUAUGUGUUCAGUAAGGUCAUCAGAAAUGAUCAUUGAUGAUGAACCCGAAUGCAAAAACACAAAUAACGAUCAACCGGGUGCUCUAGGCUUAUUUAAUAAUCAACUUUGGAAGGAUUCUGAUUCAGAUUCAUCUAAAUUGGAUUAUGGAGUUAACAUUUUUAACAGCUCUUAUGACAAAUCAGAAAAUUUAGUAUCUAAAGAUUGUAAUUUGUAUUGGUCCCAAGAAACCUCUGAUUGGGAAACUUUUAGGUCUCAAUUAAAAGCAAAACCAUCAAGUGAGAUGAAAAUUGAUAAUAAUGCUAUUAAUAUUUCAGGUGGUUUUUCUUCAAGCCCUUGGGGAGAAAAUGUUACAGAACCUACACCUAAAUUAGAAACUGGUUGGGCUAAUUUUGAUUCAAGUUUUGGUGAGCCAUUGGUGGCUAAUGGUGAUCCAGUAAUUGAUCAUGAAUUGUUUCAAGAUAUUACUCCACCAAUUGUGUUGCCUGAAAAUGCAACAAUGUCAAUAGACAAUUUGAUACACUCACGUUUGGAAGAUCAAGAGACUAAUGGUGAUCUAGUAAUUGAUCAUGAAUUGUUUCAAGAUAUUACUCCACCACUUGUGUUGCCUGAAAAUGCAACAAUGUCAAUAGACAAUUUGAUACACUCACAUUUGGAAGAUCAAGAGAUGACUGAUAAAACAAAUGAUGAUUUACUUGCAUCAAAUACAUCUUUAUCUGAUCAAUUACCCAAUGAUGUACCAUUGGCAGGCAUUUCUCCAAAACCGAGUGUAAAGGAUUUGCCUAUUGCCCCAAUUAUAUCAACCACUUCAGAUACGUCUUUAGUUGAUAAUUCACAUGAUGUGAAUUCUGUAGAUAGGUAAUGGUCAUUUAAAGCCUUAAAACCUUCUUAAUGGCAUUAUAAUAUUUUUAAAAACAAAAAUUAUAAAUUAUGAUUUUUAUACACUUUUUUAUUAUUAAUUUAUACAUAAAUUAUGAUCAAUAGUCAUCUGCGUAUAUGUUUUCAAAAGUGUCCGUCCGUUUUUAUAUAUGAAACAUCAAUAUUUAUCAUAAAUCUAUUCAUUCUAAAAAAUAAAACAAACAAUUUUAUUGAAUAAAAUGUACUCAUACACAUAAUUAAAUUAUUUAUACAAUUUUUUUUUUAUUGAAAGACUACUUGUUACCUAUGUAAUUAUUUAUUUUCAGUGUGUUUAGUUUAGUGUUUGAAUUACAGGGAUCAUAAGUAUAAUUUUUAAAUAUUUUUGUUAAAUUCUAUAAAGUAUGAUUACAAAUUAAA